AGAAUAAGAAAAAAAAAAUCGCUCCGAAUUAACCAGGACGCAAACGGAGGUGAAGAUUUCUUUUCCUUCUUUCUCACUUGUCUUGAGUUGUUUUUGGAGCUCUUAGAAUAUAAAGAAGGGGGAGAAAGAAAGAAAAAAAAAGGCGAAAAAGGACGCGGCGAUAUUAAAGUCUGUGAUCAGAUGAUCAUGACGGCAGCUGUCGAUAUGAAGCCGACGUUGACCAUCAUAAAGGCGGAGAAGAUGGACGAUCUAGAGUUUGGAGACGUCCCCCAGUUGACUCCAGGAAGUAAACAGAUGAUGGCAGACGCUGUGAUGGCCACCUUUAGCGGCUUCACAAAGGAACAACAGCGACUGGGAAUCCCCAAAGAUCCCAGACAGUGGACAAAAAAACACGUGGCUGAGUGGCUAACAUGGACAAUGAAUGAGUUCAGCUUGAAAAAUGUAGCUUUUGAAAAAUUUAACAUGGACGGAGCUACGCUGUGUGCAAUGGGGAAGGAGCGCUUCUUGGAUUUAGCACCUGACUUUGUUGGUGAUAUCCUCUGGGAACAUUUAGAAACACUUCAGAAAGAGGAUACAAAGCAUUACCCCAUCAAUGGACUGACCUCCAACUUCCAGGAAUCCCGCUAUACCUCAGACUAUUUUGUCAGCUACGGCAUCGAGCACGCUCAGUGCGUCCCGCCUUCUGAGUACUCAGAGCCCGGCUUCAUCACAGAGUCCUACCAGACGCUCCAUCCCAUCAGCUCCGAGGAGCUGCUCACGCUCAAGUACGAGAGCGAGUACCCCGGCGUCAUCCUGCGAGACACGGCCCUGAACGCCAUGCAGGGCGACUACUUUUCUGUCAAACAGGAGGUYGUGUCCCCCGACAACAUGUGUGUGGGACGCCUCAGCAGAGGGAAGCUCGGUGGCCAGGACUCGUUUGAAAGCGUCGACAGCUUCGAGAGCUGCGACCGGCUGACUCAGUCGUGGAGCAGCCAGUCCUCUUUCAACAGCCUGCAGCGAGUACCGUCRUACGACAGCUUCGAUUCGGAGGACUACCCCACCGCCCUGCAUGGCCACAAGCCCAAGGGCACCUUCAAAGACUACGUGAGGGAGCGCUCAGACCUCAGCAAGGACAAACCAGUCAUCCCUGCGGCGGCGCUGGCAGGAUAUACGGGCAGCGGCCCCAUCCAGCUGUGGCAGUUUCUGCUGGAGCUGCUGACCGACAAGUCUUGCCAGUCCUUCAUCAGCUGGACAGGCGACGGCUGGGAGUUUAAGCUUUCUGACCCAGAUGAGGUCGCUCGCAGGUGGGGCAAAAGGAAAAACAAGCCCAAGAUGAACUAUGAGAAACUGAGCCGUGGCCUGCGUUACUACUAUGACAAGAAUAUUAUCCACAAGACCUCUGGGAAACGCUAUGUCUACCGCUUUGUCUGUGACUUGAAAAGCCUGCUGGGCUACACACCAGAAGAACUGCACGCCAUGUUGGACGUAAAGCCUGAUACGGACGAGUGAGCAAAAUCUCUAUAAAACAAAGAGAGGACAAAUGAUAAGGAGCCACUCGGACUGAGGCUUAUAAAGUGGUCUGAACUGUUCAGUAGAGUUGGUAACCCAUUUAUUGGCAGACCAAAAAAAAAAUGUUUUUAACGACAAAACUGUGGUCUUUAUCAACUUUGAGCUCCUGUCUCUCAGAGUGUGAUUUAAAAGGAAGGCAGAAGCCAAAAAAACCUGUAUUCAAACCCUGUUGGAUUUGAGAUAUGAGUGUGUGCGUGUGUGAAUGUGAAUGUAUCUGAUUCCUACUGGUAGUAUUUAGCAGUUCAAGGCAAAUGAAGUCCUGUUGAGUAGAGUUCAGGUUAGUGUCUGUUCUGUGCAAGUAGCAAAGUGGAGGAGGCAAACCAAGAUACUAAAUAUAAUAAAACCAAAAGAGAGAGAGAGAGAGAGAAAAAAAAGUGAUUCAUUUCACUGCUGGGUUAAACUGAAAGCAGGUGAUAAACUCCUGCUGAGAUAAUGGUUGCCAAAAUGUAAAAAACUGAACUUAGGAAGGUGUUAUGUCAUAUUUCCAUACAUGCUUACUGUUUGUGUAGAGCGAGUAGAGAUUUUUCAAAACCAAAAUUAAAAAAAAAAGUGACAUUAAGGAGUCAGUGUUGUGCCAGUAUUAGUUAAAACACCCAAAUCAAGCCUACAGAGCCUAUUUUUGUCCAUAAGUGUGUUUAAAGUCAAGUCAAAAACUAAAUGUCAAGUUACGACUGUUAUGCGCUCACUGAUUUGCAUCAGCCAACACUAUAAUCCCUGUGCUUUGUAGGUGUGUGUGAGCGUGUGUGUGUGUGUGUGUGUGUGUGAGGACCCGGUAGGGAUUACUCAUACCCGAAGAAGUCUGAAAUGCGACUGAAAGUAGCCGUUGCUUUUGAAACUGACGCUUUCACCUUUUCUUACAAUGUUGCCACCUUGUUACAGACACAUAUAUUGACUGAAACUUUUUUUUUUUUUUUUGCGUAUGCUACCAGUAUUAGCAAACUGUAGACAAUCUACGUGGGGAAAAUUCAGGAGUCGGUAAGAAUCAGUGUGCAAAUUUAAAAAAAAUGUCAGUUCACUGUCCAUGUUUGUUUGUUGUGUUCUAAUAGUCGUAUCUAUGAAAUCAGCAGUUAUAUAACCGAAGGAAGGAUUUCUAUUUCCUUUUUUUUUCCCAAAAGAAUGUAGAACGACAGUUUAUUUUUGUCUGUUAUGCUGUCAGUUUUGGCCAAAAGAAAGCAGCCGGAGUGCAGAGUGAUGGUGCAUUGUUAGACAAAAGGAAAAAAAGAGGUAGAGAAUAGAAGACUGAUGUAGAUGAAAGUGAAAGGAAGGAAUCUGUAAAUAAUGCAGGUGAUGACUGCUUGGGAUGUAUAAUGGAUGGCAGUAGACAGUAAAGAUACAGGUUACCCAUACAGGACUCAUUAAAAAAAUAUUUGUGCAGUUUGCGUCAAAUAAAAGCAUUACAACUCACUGGUUACAUUUGACCAAAUUGGCAGCAGAGUCCCACUUUCCCCUUCAACAGUGGGAACGGGGUCUGCACACUGGGAAAUGCCAAAGUUGAACAUUAUCUUCAAUGUUAUUGUUUACAGUGACUGAAUGUUACCCCUUAUGGAUGAAAAUAGCUUUUGAGAUGUCUAUUUGUACAGAUUGUAUUUCAUAACGCUUUAUUGGGGACCCGGAUUACACAAAUAAGCAGGAGACAAAGCCGGAAUAAUAACCAAAACCCGUGUGAGGUCUUUGGCUAUGGGGCUUUGGGUAUACGCGAUGUUUGAAGACAUGGACCAGAAGUCUCAUAUGUGUUGUUUUUAUUUUUAUUUUUUUGUUUUGUUUUGAAAGUGUUGUCUUUUUGUCAAAGUUUUGUUCAGGUUUUUGUAAAAGCAGACAGCUUGGGGACAAAGUCUUUGUUGAUUUCCCACUGAAUGCCGAAAAGUGAUGCUGUAAUUGUUGCCGUCACYAUGAAGCACUGGCUCUCAAACUUUUGUUGCUUCUACAAUACAGAGAAUUGGAUCCGAAACAAAAGAGUUUGUUAUAAACUGCACUGUGCAAACAUUCCUUUUCUACGUUUUUAUUUCAAAACAGUGUUCUUUUAUUUUGUUGCCCCUCCAUGUUCUAAAGAAAUAUUCUAUUCCAUAAAAAUGUUCAUAUUUUGACAGGUGUUUUAAUUUUCACGUGGGAGACUUCAAUCUGCUGCAGGACUUGUGUUUUAAUGACUCGUAGGCGAGUGCACACAUACAAACGUUUUAUGGCAUAUGCAUAUCUCAAAACAAAUUCAGAAGGAAAGCCUUAUUGUUUUGGAUGUGGUUCUUUUUCUGUAUAUUUUAUAGUGUCUUUUGUAUUUUUGUUAUGAGAUCAUUUUUUAUUGUAUUUAGUUCACAAACCUUUUGAAUAUUUUUCAAUAAUUUAUAUUUUAUAAAAGACGAGAGAUGCAGACAGCUGGUGCUUUCACAGGAAUUUAAAAGGUAGCACAGAACAAAAUAAUGUAGCGAUUUUUAUUUUUUAAUUGUUUUAAUAUUAUUUUUUUCUUUUUUAUAUGGAAAACAAAUCUGUCUGCUAUAGAAAUUAAAAAAAAAAAAGAAAAAGAAAGGCUGAUGCUGGCCCAUCAAUGACUUCUGCUGGAAAGGUUUUAUAAACUGUAACUUCUAUUUCUAAAAUGUACUUCAAAAUGUUAUAAAAUAUAUGUGAAGAAAGAUUUUA